AUGACGAAGAAGCACCUUGGUCAAGCAAAGGAGACGAUGGCGGAUCUCCCACAGGAUUUGGCGGAGGAUGUUCUCUGUCGACUCCCGAUGACAGAUCUAAAACGUGUCCGACUAACUUGCAAAACGUGGAACGCCUUAUCUAAAGACAGCAGCUUCACAACAAAGCACCUUGCUCGUCAAGCAAAAUUAGCAGCAGCAAAGGACGAGUUUACGUUGGUCUUGAUGAUGGAUUACGAGAUGCUUUUGGUCAGCGUCAAUUUUGACGAGAACGCCGACGCGUUCAUGCGUGAAGUAGGCACACUUAUUAACCUAGACGGUUCAGAUCAAAUCGAUAUAUGCAUCUCUAAUGACAACACUAGGCUACUCGUUUGGAACCCUUAUUGGGGACAGAGCCAGUGGAUCAACCCCAUACAUAACUCCGACAGGUUGAACAGGUAUAUUUAUGCUCUGGGAUACGACAAGAGCACCAACUCCCACAAAAUCUUGAGCUUUGUCGAUUACACAAUCUUGAACCAUUUUGUUUACGAUGCUCCUCCUACCGCUGUUACUUUCGCUGAGUACAGUAUCUACGACUUUAACUCUCGUUCAUGGACGGUUCUUGAUGAUGUCACUCUAGACUGA